AUGCUCCAAACAAAAAAUGUUAAUAACUCGUUCGCACUUUUCGGCUACGAUCCGUCAUCACCACCACCUUAUCGACCACAAAUGGACGGUGUUCCUAGCUAUUAUUCACAAUUCCAAAUGCCCCAACAAUUCCAUUUCCAAUCUCAACCUCAAACCCACCUAUCUCAAACCCAAUUUCCAUCCCAACCGCCAUUCACACCUUCAACCGAAAUUUUUUCUGAUUCCGAACACGAAGAACAACAACAACAACCUCAACAACAAAAGAAAGGGAAGGCUGAUCCGAGAAGAUAA